AUGCUGGGCACCGAUCCCCCUUCCGCAGAACGAAGCGGUGUCGGGGUACGACCAGGUGGCCCCCACCUGGCUCGGAAACCCCCGAAGCCGCAAAAUCUCUGCCUUUUCGGGUCGCCGGACCCGGCCGUCCCGGUCAUCGACGAAACCCUCCGUAGGACCCAGUGGCUAAUCGGCUGCAUCUUCGAACAGCGUCGCCCUCAUUGUCGGCAUAGGGUGCAGCGCGCUGCACACUCUCCGCCCCAGCCCGGUGUCUCCGGGUACCCGGCCCAGCACCACGUGCUGGUUGCCACGGGAUCCCUGAAGGCCCGGCUCUGCCCACUUCGACCACUCCCCGUCGUAUGUCAGUGUCUCCGUGAGCUCGUUGAGGGGGACAAAGAAAUCCGCUGGCACCAGCUGCAGCAGGCCCGCCUCGUUGCCCCGCAGCAGGCGGACCUCUUGUGUCGCGCCCAUAGACCUGAGCCGUGCUGGCCAGAUCAACCUCACGCGAUUCUCGCCUCCAAGCUCCGUUGCGUUAAGUACGCAGCUCUCUGGCGGCGGGGCGUAGUAGCCGAGACGGCGCAGCCGUCGUCGGGCUUUGCGCAAUUACCGUUCAAACUCUGCGUCGCCCCUGAGAUAGAUGAAUUCCAUCAGUAUCACCUUCGGACAAGCCGGCUAAACCCGCUGGAGAACCUUCAGCCAGUCCACCAACCACCCGCCUGUCGACCCCGCUCGCCGGCGCUGCCGCCCGGCGAGCGACCAGUCGCCACACGGUGGCGAUACUGCCAAGAUAUCGAGUUCCCGGAAAACUGCGCCCAACUCUGUGUCCGACACGUUCGCCAAGUCACCCCACGCGCGCAACUUCUUCUUCUUUCCCCUUUUCCACGUCUUUCAGACAGCUUCAUCAUUGUCGCACUGCACGACGAGCUCGCAGGCUUCGAGCAUUUCUGCGACUCGACCAAAGCCAUCCAGCGCCCCUGA